GUGUAUAUGUCAUUUAUAUCACCGAUAGUUGGUUGAUUAAAAUAUACAUUCAUACAAUAUACAUUGUGUAAAAAAAAAAAGCUACUUGUAUUAUAUCCCAGUCGGUAAAAAAUGUCUUUGCAGUAAUCAAAAUUACACGCGCCUGUUACAACGUAGUCGUUGAUGAUCGUCUAAGGUCGUUUAUUAAACACUUGAAAUUUCAAAAUUUUCUUAACAUUUUAAUUAAAAUUUUUAUUAUUAUAAUUUAAUUGAAUAAUAUACAAAAUUAUUUUCAUAAAUUUUAUCAAUUAAAUAAACAACGUGGCAAUGUAUAAACACAAUAAAUUAAAUUAAAUAAUUAUCAAUAUAAAUUUAAAAAAAAAGAAACAUUAAAUAAAAUUUAAAAAUGAAUAACACAAGUGAUGAUACUUGUCCUGAUAAAAAUGGUACAGAGACAAAAUUAUUAUUAGAUCCAACUAAAAAUAUUAUAAUAAAUCAGCCAAAAUGUUUAACAAGUACAUCAAAAAUUCGUAAUGUUGAUGAUGUAUUUAAAGAAAUUGGAUUAACAAGUGAAGUUGAAUGUGGUAUAUGGUGUUUUCGUGGACGUAAUUUACAAAAAUUUGCAAAUAAAAAAGCUUAUGUUUUUUUAUAUGGUGUUUUGGGUUGUAUAUUUUCAGCAAGUUAUGCUUAUUUUAAUGGUACAAUUACAACACUUGAAAAAAGAUUUAAAAUACCAUCAAAAACAACUGGUCUCAUUACAGUUGGUAACGACAUCUCUCAGCUACUUGUAUCUGUUGUUUUAUCAUAUUACGCUGGUAGAGGACACAGGCCUAGAUGGAUUGCCGUCGGAAUAUACACAGUUGUAUUAUUUUGUUGUUUAACAAUGCUUCCACAUUUUCUUUAUGGACCUGGUGAAGAUGCAUUAUUAUUAACAAAAGAAUACGGUGAAAAUAUACCAAAUAUAAUAAAUUCAACAACAUUAUUUACAUCAAUAAUGUAUAAAGAACGUAAAUUUUUAUGUUUAUCUAAAGAAAAUAGUACAAAUCAUUGUGAAGAAUCAAGUGGUAAUUUUGCACCACAAGUAUUAUUAUUUGUUGCACAAUUUGUAUCUGGUAUUGGUGGAUCAUUGUAUUAUACACUUGGUGUAUCAUAUAUGGAUGAUAAUAUACAAAGAUCAAAAACACCAGCAUUAAUUAGUUUUUCAUAUUUUUUAAGAAUGUUAGGACCAGCAAUUGGCUAUGGUCUUGCAUCAUUUGCAUUAAAAUUUUAUAUAAGUCCAUCAUUAACACCAACAAUAAGUACAACAGAUCCAAGAUGGCUUGGUGCUUGGUGGAUGGGUUGGAUAAUCCUAGCAAUAUUAUUAUUUUUAUUUGCAAGUAUAAUUGCAUUAUUUCCAAAAACAUUACCACGUGCACGUGCAAGAAGAAUAUUAGCACUUGAACGUAUUAAAACACUUAAAAAUAAUAUAAAAAAUAAUGAAAAAAAUUUAAUUGAUAAUAAUAAUGAUGCUGAUAAUGUUGUUGAUGAUGAUAUUGAUAUUGAUGAUGAUGAUCAUAAGCCAGCUUCAUGGUCUGAUAUGAUGAGUACAUUUAAACGUUUAUUAACAAAUUGUACAUUGAUGUGUAAUAAUUUAGCAACAGUAUUUUAUUUUUUGGGAUAUAUGCCAUAUUGGAUAUUUAUGCCAAAAUAUAUUGAAACACAAUAUAAACAAUCAGCAUCUGUAUCAUCAUUAAUAACUGGUACUGUUGGUUUAAUAUUUAGUGCAUUUGGUAUUUUAUUAUCUGGUAUGAUUAUAUCAAAAUACAAACCAAGAGCAAGAUAUUUAGCUGGUUGGAAUAUUAUUGUUGGUAUUGUAUCUGUUAUGGGUAUGAUAUCAUAUGCAUAUCUUGGUUGUCCAGAAAAUGAUAUACAAGUUAUGAAUAUGCAUCCAGAUAAUGAAUUAGAAAAACAAUUAACAUGUAAUGAUAAUUGUUAUUGUGAUUAUGUUACAUAUAAUCCUGUUUGUUCUGAUGAUGGUAGAACAUUUAUUUCUGCAUGUCAUGCUGGAUGUCAAAAUGUUACAAUAAAUCAAGAUGGUACUAAAAAAUAUACUGAUUGCAAUUGUGUUAAAUCAAUUAAUAAUCCAUUUUUAAAUUUACAAAAUAAUAAUAAUUUAUUAUCAUCAUCAAAUGAUAGAGGUGGUUCAGCAAUAUCUGGUCCAUGUCCAGUUGAUUGUUUAAAUAAAUUUUGGAUAUUUUUAGCUGUUGUUUGUAUGUUAAAAUUUACUGGUGCAACUGGAAGAGCAUCAAAUUUUUUAGUAUCAGUUAGAUGUGUUGAAGAAAAAGAUAAAACAGUUGCAAUGGGUUUUGGAUUGAUGAUUAUGAGUUUAUUUGCAUUUAUACCAUCACCAAUAUUAUUUGGUUUUAUUCUUGACAAGACUUGUUUGGUUUGGGGUAAAACAUGCAGUGGUACUGGUAAUUGCUGGUUAUAUAAUGGCAAAGCAUUGAGAUACUUGCUUAAUUUUACGGCCGCAAGUUUUGUCACGAUUGGUACACUUUUCGAUAUGGGAGUUUGGUAUUUCGUCAAAGACGUUAAAAUAUUCGACGAAGAAAUUGAAUUGAAAAAUAAGAAAAAUGAUAAUAAUGAAGAUGAUUAAUUUUAAGAUUAAAAAUAACAAUUAUUUAUAAAUAAUAUAUUUUCAUUUUUAAAUUUUAGUCUAGUCAAUCAUACGGAAAAAAAAAAUCAUUAAUUUUCUUUUUUUUCUUUUGAAAUUAUUAGCUGGAUUUUUUAAUAGGGAAAAACAUUAGAAAUUUCGUUUUUUUUUUUCUUUUUUUUUAAUAAUAAUACUGUUAAGUUUUAAAAAAAAAAAAAGUAGCUUAUGUGAUACGAUUAAAAAUUCUUAAAAAUAUAAAUAAAAAUUUUAUCAAAAAAAAUUUCAUAAUCAUAAAAAAUAUAUAAUUAAUAAAUUGUUAUUGAUAAAAAUUGUCGAAAAAAAAAAAAAGUUAUAUUAUUAUUUAGUUGUAAUAAAUUUAUAUAUAAAAAUGAUUAAAAAAAAAUUUUUCUGUUAAUAUGUAAUUUUUAAA